AUGGAUAUUGACAAUCACACCUUGUUUAAAGAAUUUAUUCUGACUGGAUUUUCACAAGAUUUACAGAUUAGGAUUUUACUGUUUGUGAUAUUUUUGUUAAUGUAUACACUGACCAUUUUGGGGAACAGUUUUCUGAUAUGUGCUGUUGUCACCUGCCCUCGGUUGCACACGCCUAUGUACUAUUUUCUUUGUAAUUUAUCCUUCCUUGAUUUACUUUACUCAACUGGUUCUCUUCCAAAGAUGUUACUAGAUGUCUUUUCUAAGAAAAGGAGAAUCUCCAUCAUUGGGUGCUUGGUACAGAUGAAGAUUGGUCUUUACCUUGGAAGUACUGAGUGUAUACUGCUGGCAGUGAUGGCGUAUGACCGUUAUGUUGCCAUACGCUUCCCUUUACAUUAUACCAUAAUUAUGAAUUGGAGGACAAGUAAAAUUAUUACAGUCAUUAUGUGGUCAGGGAGUUAUGUAUUAUCAUAUAUUCCUACUUCAAAGCCUCUUUUAUUCUGCAGAGGAAACAAAUUGGACCAUUUUGUCUGUGAAAUAUUGGCUCUUCUAGAGGUGGCAUGUGGAGAUCUCAGCUUCUUUAAAAUAACUAUAUUUGUGGUAAGUGUAUUUACACUAAUAUCUCCACUUGCUUUUAUUGUGGUGUCCUACAUCUGUAUCAUUAUAUCUAUAUUAAACAUCCACUCAGCAAGCGGAAGGUCAAAAGCUUUUUCAACGUGUGCUUCCCACCUGACUGUGGUGUUUAUGUUUUAUGGGACCAGUAUGACUAUGUACAUGGGACAAACCAAAAGUUUUACAGCUAGCCUGAAGUAUAUUUCUUUAGUUUAUGGUGUUGUGACACCGGUGUUAAAUCCUUUGAUCUACAGCUUGAGAAAUAAUGAGGUGAAAGAAGCAUUUCUGAAAAUAUUAACCAAGUCUUCAGUACCAUGGAAAGGGUAA